AUGGACCCCCAACCACGUCCACAUAGCUCACUACUCAUCUCGCCGCCCGAGCUCACGCCGCUCGAGCAAGAAGUCCUAGAUGAGUAUGAGCGGCUAGCAGAGAACAUGAGGAAGAUGGCAACCCUCCUGGACCACCUCGCAACGGCCCCGGCCACCGACAUUCUCGACGGCCUGCGCGAGCUCGAGCGCAAGACCAGCCUCGUGUUCACGCUGCUCAAGGCGAGCGUCUACAGCAUCGUGCUGCAGCAGGAAAUUGGCUGGGGCGAGGGUGGAGACGCGGCCGGGCAUGAUCAGGAGGAGGGCUGA